GCCCUCCCCGCGCGCCGCCCCCGCCCCGCGCCCGCCUCCCGCCCGCGCCCGCGGCCUGGCGCGCCGCCCCCGCUGCCCGGGCUCUGGGCGCCGCCGAGCCGCCGCGGGAACGCUCCGGCCGCACCAUGCGCGAGCUGCUCAUCGAGAUCGGGGUCCGAGCCUUGCUCUUCGGGGUCUUCGUUUUUACCGAGUUCUUGGACCCUUUCCAGAGAGUCAUCCAGCCGGAAGAGAUCUGGCUGUACAAGAACCCGCUGGUGCAGUCCGACAACAUCCCCACCCGCCUCAUGUUUGCAAUUUCUUUCCUCACUCCCUUGGCCGUAAUUUGUGUGGUGAAAAUUAUUCGGCGGACAGACAAGACUGAAAUUAAGGAAGCCUUCUUAGCGGUGUCCUUGGCUCUUGCAUUGAACGGCGUCUGCACAAACACUAUUAAAUUAAUAGUGGGAAGACCUCGCCCCGAUUUCUUUUACCGCUGCUUUCCAGAUGGAGUGAUGAACUCAGAAAUGCACUGCACGGGGGACCCCGACCUGGUGUCCGAGGGCCGCAAAAGCUUCCCCAGCAUCCACUCCUCCUUUGCCUUCUCGGGCCUCGGCUUCACCACUUUCUACCUGGCUGGCAAACUGCACUGCUUCACCGAGAGCGGGCGGGGCAAGAGCUGGCGCCUCUGUGCCGCCAUCCUGCCCCUGUACUGUGCCAUGAUGAUCGCCCUGUCCCGCAUGUGCGACUACAAGCAUCACUGGCAAGAUUCUUUCGUGGGCGGCGUCAUCGGCCUCAUUUUCGCCUACAUUUGCUACCGACAGCACUACCCGCCUCUGGCCAACACGGCCUGCCACAAGCCCUACGUCAGCCUGCGGGUGCCCCCGGCCCUGAAGAAGGAGGAGCGGCCGGCGGCGGACAGCGCGCCCAGCCUGCCCCUGGAGGGCAUCACCGAGGGCCCCGUGUGACGCUCUGCGCGCCUGGACCCUGUGCAUCCGC